UCCAUAGAUCAUGUCGAGAUUGAUGUUGGCUCUUCUUCUUCUUCUCCUUCUUUCUUGUGAUGGUCAUAGCUUUGUUAGCACUGUUGCUCAAACCGAUGACUAUGAGCCAUUGCCACCACCACCACCGCAAGAUCAACAGGCACUACCGCCGCCGCCACCCUCACAAGGCCAAGAUCAAGAGCCACCUCCACCGCCACCACAAGAUCAACAGCAGCCAUUGCCGCCACCACCACAAGGUCAAGAACAGCAACCACCAUCACCGGCAGAUCAGCGGCAUCAGAGUGGAACGAUCGGCGUGAAUUGGGGAACCCAGAUGUCACACCCGCUGUUCGCGCCGGACGUGGUUCGCGCGCUCGUCUCCAACAAUGUGGGACGAGUGAAGCUGUUCGAGGCGGAGCCCCGAAUCAUGAGCGCUCUGGCGGGUUCACCGCUGGAGGUGAUGCUGGGCAUCCCAAACGACAUGCUGGAGACGCUGGCCACCGACGCCGCCGCCGCGAGCAACUGGGUGCUCAUGAACGUCACGCACUACUACCUCCGCAAGAAGAGGGUCAAUAUCAGGUAUGUCGCUGUCGGAAACGAGCCCUUUCUCGCGGGCUACAACAAAAGUUUCGAGGGCGUGACCCUCCCAGCACUGAAGAACAUCCAGGCGGCGCUCUCCAAGGCCAAGUUCGCGGACCAGAUCAAAGCCACCGUGCCACUCAAUGCCGAUGUGUUGCAGCCCCGGGACCCCGGCAACCAAGAUCCAUCCACCGGAGUUUUCAGGAACGAUAUCAAGAUGCUCAUGGACGACAUUGUGAAAGCUCUCGCCAGCACCGGAGCCCCCUUCACGAUCAACCUCUAUCCUUUCAUCAGCCUGGCGCAGGAUCCAAACUUCCCCAGUGAAUAUGCGUUCCUGGACGGGUGCUUCCAGGUCCAAUACGGCCAGAGCACCUACAGGAGCGUCUUUGAUGCCACCUUCGACAUGCUGGUCGCGGCUCUCACGGACUCGGGCUUCCCAAACAUGGAGAUCAUCGUGGGCGAGGCCGGGUGGCCGACCGAUGGUUUCCCGAGCGCGACACCAUCCAACGCGAGGAGAUUCAACCAGGCUCUGGUCAGUCGAAUCAUCUCGCCCUCUCCACCAGGUACGCCAAUGCGGCCAGGAACUGUACUCCACGCCUAUAUCUUCAGCCUCUUCGACGAGGACCUCAAGAGCAUCGCCCCGGGUAACUUCGAGCGUCACUGGGGUCUCUUCACGUACGAUGGUCAGCCCAAGUACCUCCUCAACACGAGCGGAAGCUCGUCGGGGCUCGAGAAAGUCGGUGGCGUUGACUACUACCCGGCACUGUGGUGCGUCUUGAAACCCGGCAUAGCAGUCCCGCAAGGCCAGAUUGAUUUCGCUUGCUCGGCAGCCGACUGCACGCCGCUCGUCCCGGAUGGCGGCUCUUGCUACCCGACGCUCUCUCCCGAGCAGGCCGCUUCGUACGCGUUCAACAGCUACUUCCAGCUCAAGGACCAAGUUCCCAGCAGCUGUGACUUCCAAGGAAACGGGAUCAUCACCGGUGUCGAUCCCAGCACGCCGAACUGCCGAUUCAUCCGGCAGAUCAAGCUGAAAGUCGUCGCAUCGCACUCUUCACGAGUUACUUUAGAGCGUCCUCGAGCGUUUGCCAUGAUGGUGUUCGCCAUCGUUCUCGCUGUAGUGAUAAGAGAAAUUUAA